AUGAUAGACAGAUUUCCAUCGAUCGAAGCACUAUUCCGAUUACAAUGUAACUACACUAUGCCACCAAUCACUGUGGAAUUGCGGGAGGUGCAGCGGGAGUUGGCAGUGCUCAGUAGAAUCAAGGCAGCGGGACCUGACGGAAUUCACCCAGCGGUUGUGAAACCACUGGCUGACGUCAUAGUGGAUCUGAUCAUAGAAUUAUUCAAAGAGUCGCUUAGACUGGGAGCUAUCCCGGACGACUGGCGCACAGUAGUGGAAGCACACAAGUCUGGAUCCCGGCAAAAAGCCCAGAAUAACAUACUAGUAAGUUUGACGUCAGUAAUACGUACGUGCUUUGAGCCGCUAGUCGGAAGGCAAAAUACCACUACUUGUAGUCGAUACCGGAUGAUUGGUACCAGGUCAGCACGGAAUUGUUGA